UUUCCGUGCAGCGUGCAUGGGCUGUGUGGUGCGGGGAGGGGUGGGAAGUGUGCCGCAGUGAGCGUAAUCUGUUAAGCGCUUCUUCCGUCCUGCACUGCGCUCCAAGGAUGUCGCCGGUGCGAGAAAAGCGCGAGCGGCCGCGGGAGGGGGCGCCGAGCUCGGGCUGUGUGCACCCGGACGCCGGCUGGUUAUCUGCGGGCGUGUCUCUGAGCGUGGCGUGGCAUCUGCGCACUUUGCCUGCACGCGGGGAUUAGUGCGUAGCACAUCCUAAAAUGCCGGCUGGUCGUUUUCCCGCAAAGCUUCUUUUUUUUUUAAUUUCAAAAAUGUUUUGAAUUUUGAUUGUAUUUUAAUCUGUGGACUUUUAGCAUUUUAGGUGCAAUGGCGUGACGUGGGAUUUAUGCGUGCUAUCGCAGCAAGGUGCACGUUGAGGUGAACUUGCAGGGAGUUAAACGCGCACCCUCCUAUUUUUUUUUCAUUUAUUUUUUUUUUUUUUGUGGAUGCCAGAUAAUCCCGAGGCUGUACAUUGUUUGCUUCCGAACUGCGUCACCUCAUGCGAGUGCGGCUGCAGGUAGGCGAGUCGGCUGUCCUUCCGGCACCGGAGAGGACCGCUCCUCAUCCGCAUCCUCCGCGCACAAUGUCGAGGGACUAACGCGGCAGCCGGCAUGCAUGCGGCGGACGAUUCGAGCAGGGAUCCGCCGCUUGGAUCAACGUUUUCGUCGGCUCCCGAUUUGGACUCGGACAUUAACGCCAAUGCCUUCCGGCCCGUUUCUGAGAACGGGGCGGAUGACAACGUCAAUGUCCAGAACACAGCCCUGCGAGGGGCUAGCGACCCCAGCGCCUACCCCUCCUCGGACUACCGCGGGCUGGUCCGCCAAAGGUUCAUCCGGCGGAGUCUGUGGGUGUCGGACGCCGAGGAGCAGACGCCCGACACGGCGGAGUGCGCCAGCGGCACCCAGGCGCUCAGCAUCGACCUGCGCUCCAUCGUCGGCCGGACUCGCAGCCGGACCUUGCACGGCACUGGCCGGCGUCGCCGGGAGGGAUCGAGGCCGGAGAGUCAGGUGGAAGUGAAGGACGACUCUCCCCACGAGAAACGUGACACGUGCCGAAGCGAGCUCAAGCAAGAGGGAGCGUCGUGUGACGUCACUGGGAAAGCAGGAAGCGACGAGAACGAAGAGGAGCCCGGCAUGAAGGCCGUGUCCACGUCGCCCGGGGGCCGCUUCCUCAAGUUCGACAUCGAGUUGGGGAGGGGCUCCUUCAAGACGGUCUACAAAGGCCUCGACACGGAUACUUGGGUCGAAGUGGCGUGGUGCGAGCUACAGGAGCGGAAACUGUCCAAGGCGGAGAGGCAGAGGUUUAAAGAGGAGGCAGAGAUGUUGAAGGCGCUUCAGCACCCCAACAUCGUGAGAUUUUAUGACUUCUGGGAGUCGCCCCUGAAAGGAAAGAAAUGCAUCGUUCUGGUGACGGAGCUCAUGACCUCAGGGACCCUGAAAACGUAUUUGAAGCGCUUCAAGGUGAUGAAACCCAAAGUUCUCCGGAGCUGGUGCCGGCAGAUCCUGAAGGGCCUCCACUUCCUCCACACCAGGAUGCCGCCCAUCAUCCACAGAGACCUCAAGUGCGACAACAUCUUCAUCACGGGCCCGACGGGCUCCGUCAAGAUCGGCGAUCUGGGCUUGGCGACUCUGAAGAGAGCUUCCUUCGCGAAAAGUGUCAUCGGUACCCCAGAGUUCAUGGCCCCCGAGAUGUACGAGGAGCACUACGACGAGUCGGUGGAUGUCUACGCCUUCGGCAUGUGCAUGCUGGAGAUGGCCACGUCAGAAUAUCCUUACUCGGAAUGUCAGAACGCAGCACAAAUUUAUCGCAAAGUCACCAGCGGGGUAAAACCUGCCAGCUACAGCAAAGUCAGCGACCCGGAAAUUAAGGAGAUCAUCGGCGAGUGCAUCUGUCACAGAUGGGAGGAAAGGUACUCCAUCAAGGACCUUCUGAACCACGCCUUCUUUGCAGAGGAUACCGGCGUCAGGGUGGAACUCAACGAGGAAGACGACGGGAAAAAAUCCUCCAUCGCGUUGAAACUGUGGGUGGAGGAUCCGAAAAAGCUCAAGGGGAAGUACAAGGAUACCGGGGCGAUCGAGUUCACCUUUGAUUUGGAGAACGAGGACCCCGAAGUCGUCGCGCAAGAAAUGGUGGAGUCUGGCUUUUUUCUGGACUGCGACGUGAAGGUCGUCGGGAAGUCGAUCCGGGACCGUGUGGCUCUGAUCAAAUGGCGACGGGAACGCACCGUCUCACCGGGAAACGGCGAGGCCUCGGUGAAGAAGACGCAGACGCAGAACCUCCUGCAGGUGCCCGGACCGCAGGGUGCCGCCUUGGCUGCGACCGACUGUGACGACCAGGAGGUGGAGCAGCAGACCUUGAUUUGCACAGUCCCGGUCACCACGUCCGCCACAUCAGACAGUGGCGUGAGCUCCACCAUGCACCUGAAUGAUCUCUGCAAACAGCAAAACGGUUCCUACCAGUCCCUGCCCGAGAUCGUCUCCACGGCUCAGUCGGUCUACAGUCCGCCUGCGCGUGUGGAGCCGCCGGCUCAGCAGGGGCCCUACCAGCAGGCCACGGCACAGGCCUCGCAGGAGCAAUACGUACAAGAAUCCACACAGUUACAUCAGGGAGCCUACCAGCAAAACGCAGGUCAGCUACUUGCUGGGACCUACCAACAACCUGCCGCACAAUUGCACCCGGGGCCAGAUGACGCGCCAACAACAGUUUCUGCUCCAUCGACCCCGGUCCCUCCGACGCACCCGAGUCAACAGACAGCACAGAGCUUCCCAGCUGCAAUGCCCGUUGUACAGAUGCAGGUUGCUACUCAACCGGGCCAGGACCAGCAACUAUCGACUGACCAGACGACAGCUCACCAGAGUCCUCCUGACAUAUCGAGCGGUUUUCCACAGUCUGCCACCGGCGCUCCCCCUCCUCUACUGCCCCUGCACGUCGGCACACAGUUUCCCUCACCAUAUUGCAUUCAAGCAGGGGGCGUCAAGCCCCCUCGUUUCCCCCCGGCUCCCUUAGCUAGCUCUUUCUACUCGCCUGCACCCCACCCCGUCAGCAUUCCCCUGAAUCCUCAUUCGGGUUUUGGCACCCUUCAGUCCUCCCCCCAGCAGGUGCCCAGCGUAGCGCUCCCUGGCACACUCCUUGCCAUGACCAUGUCGUGUGCAAUGCCCCAUCAGCAAAGUGGCCCAACUACAUCCAAUCCAAACGUUGGUAGCUUCCAUUACACCCCUUCCAUACCACUCCCCCAGGUAAAACCCACCCCAUUCCCCGCCCCCCACCCUGAGCAAGAACUGGCUGAACAGGUGCAGACGAACACUCCGCCGGGAAAUUUAGAAGACGUUCAACUUUUGGCCCCAGUUCAACCUCUCCUAGCCGCUAAUCAGACUCCUCUCUGGGGAUGUGGAGCAGAUAUAGAAACUGCUGCGGCUGGCACAGACGUAUACACAGCCUCUGCUUUUCACACCUCGGCUACGGCGGAUCUCGAAGCCCAAACCCCAGCACAAACCGCAACUUUGAUCCAGCCGAAAAGCCAAGCAGCAGACCAAAUCCCGGCUCAGUCUGCUGCCACGGUCUCAUUUCAGGCUCAACCUGCAUUUCAACCCGCGGGCUUAGCCCGAGUUGAAGUGAAGUCUUGUGUGUCAGGUUUACCCAAAGCCUCAUCUGGAAGCUUAGAUGAUUCUUCAGCACCAGGACAGACCCAAUUCUCUGUACCAGGGUUUGUCCCGGCACCGAGUUCUAUUGCGCUACCACCUCAGCCUGCUGCUCCCGCUUCCAAUUCUGUCCCAGCUCCAGUUCUGCAGCCCGCUGGCAUCCAGACAGCAGUCUCGAUCACACCUGAAUGUGUAAACCAGCCGACAGUUUGUCAGAAAAAAGAAACUUCAACUUCCUUCACCUUACAGCAAGAUCACUGCACAGAGGAGGUGUUUGCAGAAAAAACAGUGUCAUUGCCCAAUUACGGGUAUGACAGUCCCUAUUCUGACAUCGCAUCUAGUAAGGAAGCAAGUGAUGGCUACGACAGCUUGGCCAGUGGAGGGAAGGUGGAAGGAAAACACAGGAAACACCAUCGGAAGUCGACGAGGACGCGCUCUCGGCAAGAAAAGGCCAGCAAACCCAAACUCAGCAUGCUCAAUGUUUGCAACACGGGCGACAAGAUGGUUGAAUGUCAGCUGGAGACGCACAAUCACAAAAUGGUGACCUUUAAAUUUGAUCUGGAUGGUGACGCCCCAGAGGAAAUUGCCACUUACAUGGUGGAGAAUGGAUUUAUCCUUCUCUUAGAAAAGGAGACCUUCAUCGACCAGUUAAAGGACAUUGUGGAUAAAGCCGAAGACAUGUUGAAUGAUGACGCGGAGGGCGAGAGGGUCUCGACUUUGAGCUGUAGUCCGAAACAAGGCCUGGCCUGUGAUGGACAAGUUGGAGAGAGCCAACAGUCUGGAGCGUCCCAGCCUGUCUACCAACAGAACGUCCUUCACACAGGAAAGCGAUGGUUCAUCAUCUGUCCUGUGGAGGAGAGCCCCUUUUCCAGUCAGGAGCCCACAUCUGAGGGUACCACGUCGCAGUCUCCGAGCAGCUCAGCCAACACGCAGCUGCCUGGCAGGCCUUCUACAUCGCGAGGUGACUCUUUUUCAUCUGCUGCGCGAAGUCGGACUGAGGAAGGCUCGUCCUCUACAAUGUCGGGUGGGAGUGGAGGCUUCAUGCACGACGUGUAUGGUUUCUGCAGUCCCCCGGUGAUGCCCAACACAGACCCCCUCCUCUUGGCCAGCCUGUCUCCUCCGGUGUCCGCCCCCCCGGCUCUUGAAUCGGUACCAUCGUUGGAGCCGAUCAGCGGCGUGCAUCAAGCCCAACCAGCCAGGGCUCAAACUUUGCCACCGUCGUCUCGACAAACCUCUUUUCAAAUGGACGAACCACAAGGAUCCCCAGUGGGGGCCACUUCCCCCAUCCAUUCCACUUUACAUAUGGCAGACAUCACCUGUCCUGUGUCUGUGGCAGAGGAAAUCCCCUGUUGUUCUCUGGUCAUGCCGCUGUCCCAGGAUGGGAGCAGCUCAGCGGGUGGAUCCCCUCUGACUCCUCUUCCGCCCCAGGAGCCCGGUUCAGCCAAAGAGUCGUUGUCCCUCUCAUACGCCGCCGCCGCACGCAGCGAACGCCCGCAGCAACCCGUGGUGCUGCACCAGCCUUUCUCCAGUGUGGGUGGGGCCAAAGUCUCCUCGCUGCCUCAGAGUCCGGCGCCAUCCCAGCACGGCGGAGGACCGGGCGAGACAGACGGCGAAGGACGACUUGGCCGUGGAGGCUUUGUGGACAGUACCAUAAAAACACUGGAUGAGAAACUUAGGAACUUGCUCUACCAGGAAUACGCGCCCAUGUAUCCAUCUGGAAGCACUGCAGAGACGCCGGGUUCUGGUACAGAGUACAUCCAGUCACCUCCUGGUCCAGACAGUGCCACGGGAGGUUCAGGAAACAGCACACCGGGUCCAAUGGAGGAGAGUCGGUACAGAGCAGGAGAGCAACUGCCUCAAAUUCCCGAGAGAAUGGAUAGUUUAAGCACUCUGAGUGACUCAGCUGUGUGUGCACCCCAUUCCAAAAGGCACGUUUCUCACUCCGUCUCCUGCUCCGGGACACGAGGCCGCUUUAAGAUAAGCUCGGUUCCUCCUGAAGUGGCCAACAAGCGGGACCUGAAGCAGAGGAGCUGGAGCAGCAUCGCCUCAUCAGCACAUCCCGCGUGUUACAAUGUUCCCACAGAGACCAUGACCCCUUCCACCACGAUCGGUCGCUUCUCCGUGGUCAGCACCGAGGACGACAUCACGCAGAGGACGCGUUGCAGUCGCUACUCCGCACCGCCCGACUUCUGUCUGGACACGCCUCCCUCUGUGGCGACCCAGAGCUCCUUGUCUCAUACGCUCACCUCGGCAUCUGUACCUGUUGACAUCACCGUCCGCGCUCGUUUCCCGUCUUCUGACUCGGGGGCCGAGAGCAGCCCCGCCAAACUGGCUCCCGCCACCCCGAGCCGGCAGACCCGCUCCGAGCGCCGAGGAAGCGAUUUGAUGAAGAGGGCGGUGGCCUUCCUCAGACGUUCAGGCCGCAGCAGCAGCUUGCAGAGCUCGGAUUCUCCAAGCAGGCACGGCGGCGUGCACGGAUCGGCCUACGCCAGCAGCGACAAUGACUCGGAGAUGGAGGACUCGGAUAUGACGCGAGAACUGCAGACACUCCGGGAGAAACAUUUGAGGGAGAUCUCCGAGCUCCAGGCCCACCAGCGGGGUGAAGUGGAGCUGCUCUAUCUCAGACUCGGCAAAGUCCCUCCCUCCGGCCUGACGUACUCGCACGUUGCCGCGCCGAAAGUUCGCCGAAAACGGUCCGGCAGGCACAGGCUGAAACCGGGGAAGCUCCUGAGUCCUCUGGUGCAGCAAUUUCGACACGUGACGAAUAAAAGCGACUCGAGCAGACCCACUAUUCCAGGAACCGGCGAGACAACCGUGAGUUUAAACGGAUCUCCAGCCAAGGCGUCGGUCGCCACCCGCGCCAGGGAGCCCCCCUGCCCCAGCCCGAUUCCCAGCUCCACCUCAGAACCCGUGCAGACCCAGCAGCCUUGCUCCCUCAAGGGCUCCUUGUCCUCCGACAACAUUUAUGCCGGGCUGUUUUCCGGAGACGGCACAAGCACACAAGUUCCCCCAGGACGAGGCUGGGCUAAUUACCCACAACCGUCCGAGAGAGUGACUUAUAAAUCCAGUAGCAAGCCCAGAGCUCGAUUUCUCAGUGGGCCUGUGCCUUUAUCUAUCUGGUCAACAUUGAAGCGGUUGUGCCUUGGCAAAGAGCGAGGCAACAGGCCCGGUCCUGGGCUAGGGGGUGUCAAUCCAACUCAGCAGCAGCCCCCCGCCGCCGCCACACCACCCCCUCACCAGUCAGUGACGGGACUGGCGCAAGCUCAAGCCAACAACAGCAACAACAAGACGGGCGCCUUCGCCGGUCCAUCCCUCGACACCGCCAAAAUAGUCCUGCCUGAAGAUCUGCAGAGACUGAUGGAUGACUGGACGCACGAGGUUCUUAUUGUCGCUCACAGGCCGCGUACCAAAUCCCUGGGCGUCGGCGGGCGGCAACUGGAUCGGAUGCUUCCGCCAAGUCAGCUUGCAAGUACCUCAGAGGUGUCAUCGUGGAUGACCCCGGGUGUGGAAAGCAUCCAGCGUCCCCCGUCAUGGCCCGACGGCGGCGGCAUGCCGACAAUCAACAACCAGUCCUCCACGGGCCCCGGCACCAUUUGUCAGCUCAUCUCGCCUGUCCGCUUCCGGGUCCAGUCCUCCCCUCUCCGUCUUAGCCGAUCGCCUCGGGUGCCCCUCGCCCUUCCUUCUGGAAUCUUUGCCUUUCCUGGCACUCCCUCAAGCCAGGAUGCUUCCAUCCCAAGUGCAUCAUAUCGGUCGGCGGACCCCAAAGCAAGAACUCUUUAAUCCGAUGAGGAGCAAUGCGUCUUCCAAGUCUUUUACCAAAAAAGAAAUGUCAUUGUAGUUCAAGCCCAUGACGUGCAUAUAUUGUACAUAGUUUAUUUAACCAGCGCGUACGUUACCAUUGUCGCAUCCUCUGGUCUCUCGUUUGCAUACCUCAUGGCCACAUCAUCGAGUGCAGCGUAAUUGUAGAUCUUGACGACUUAAAUCAUUGCUUGUACGUACUUUACUAUUGUUGCUGCUCAGUUGGCCAGACAGUCAAGCUGUAAUAUAGGAACUCUUGCUCUUCUGUACAUAGAUUGCGCGUUUGUACAUCUGACAGCAGAUGACGAUCCUUAGGAUGUUGCUGUGUGUGUGUUUGUGUCUCAGUGCAACCGCUAUAAACAGUCCGCAUCAUCGGCCGCCACUGUGAAGGCUUCUGGACCGCAGGAGCCCCGACUAGCUCCAUCAGGUCCAAGGUUACGUUUUUUUUUUUUUUCUCUCCCCCCACCCUCAUCAACGAAACGCUUCCAGCAAAAGCGCUUGGAAUAUUAUAUGAGCGUCGGAAUGAACUUUGACCUUCAGGUGAACGCCACCUGCGAGUGUGCCUUUUAUUGUAAUUUCCGAAUAUGCGCGUUUAGUUUGAGGCAGCCGUGAGUUAUUCCUGAUGUAUCUUUAAAUUCUGUCAUUAGAAUCAUAAAAAUAGACUGGGGAAAAAAAAGGUAAUUUAAUUCUUAUAUUCUCAUCAUGACGCAGUUCAUAAAGUAGCACAGAUUGUAACCCUAGAAAAAAAAAAAAUCACAAAUGUAUACACUAUACAACGCGUGUCAAACUCAAGGCUCGGGGGGCCAGAUCCGGCCCGCCAGGCGAUUUUAUGUGGCCCGCAAAGGCAAAACAUCUAUAUCAAUUUCCAUGAUAUUUGUGAUAAUCUGUGACAAAAUUUCAAAUUGUCAUAUCAUAAAUGCAAUCAUUUUUUUUGUGUUACCAAACAUGAACAGUAGUUGAAAAACCCAUUACGCUUGAUUUCUGAUUGCAAAACUAGUUCAUAAAUUUCCUGUGUAAAUAUGAUGAGGCGGAAGAUUUUCACGGCUUCAUAACGGCCCUCUGAGGGAAGUCGGAACUACAAUGUGGCCCGUGACAAAAAUGACUUUGACACCCCUGCUAUUCAAUCUCCUUCAAUCGGUCCUGCAUUUUUUUCCCCCGCUGCUUGUUGACUCGUUGAAGUCAUUUGUGAAUACACCGAACGUUCACAAUGUGGCGGAAAAAUUCGGCUUUCCGGCAGAAAACGCCAGCGCGGGAUGCGCCACGGCGUGGAGGCCUCAAAAUUGGCUGAUUGUUGACGAAAGCGGUGAAGACACCACGUACGUCAUUUGUAUCAUGCUUUAUUGUUUUUAUUUAAGUACAUUAGAAACUGCGACAUGAUUCUGAGCAUUCUCACAAAUGUUGUGCCUCCCUUGCAGCCUUUUAAAUUGUUUCACCUUCCAACACGUUCAUCUGCUUCAUCUUGCCUGAUUUAUAUCCGUACAAUAUCAGAAAAAUGAGUAGACUGACUAUUCAUUUUGGCCAUGACCGUAUACUGUAGUGAUUCAUAAUAUGUAAAUAUGCGUCAGAUAGUGAGCAAAUGACCAUUAAAGUUUAAGUUGAAUUCAUGUUGUUCAUUAAGGCAUCAAGUUCAUUUUUCCAAAAUUUGAAAUCUCCGCACAGCCUCUUUAGUCCGUGGCAAACACUUAAAGGAAAAACCUCUACAAAGAUUGUUUAGGGUGGUAAA